CAGCCUUUCAACACAUAUCCGGCAGCGCAAGAUGGAGGGCCUUCUAUUCAACGUCAACAAUGGAUACAUCGAGGGCAUUGUUCGGGGCUAUCGCAACGGACUGCUCACCAGCACCAACUACACCAACAUGACACAAUGCGAGACCAUUGAUGACCUCAAACUCCAACUAGGUCCCGCGUACGGUGACUUCCUCGCAUCCCUUCCACCCAACCCCUCGACGUCGAGCCUUGCGGCCAAGACAACAGACAAGCUCGUGAGCGAGUUUCGCUAUGUCCGCGCCAACGCGGUCGGCUCGCUCGCCAAGUUCAUGGACUACGUCACCUACGGCUACAUGAUCGACAACGUUGCGCUGCUCAUCACGGGCACCCUCCACGAGCGCGACACGCGCGAGCUGCUGGAGCGGUGCCACCCGCUGGGCUGGUUUGAGACGAUGCCGGUGCUCUGCGUGGCGACCAACAUCGAGGAGCUCUACAACAGCGUGCUGAUCGAGACGCCCCUUGCGCCCUACUUCAAGGGCAGCCUGAGCCACCAGGAUCUGGACGAACUCAACAUCGAGAUUGUGCGGAACACGCUGUACAAGAACUAUCUGGAGGACUUUUAUGAAUUUGUCAAUACGCACCCGGACAUGGCCGGCACGCCGACCGCCGAGGUCAUGUCGGAGCUGCUCGAGUUCGAGGCCGAUCGCCGGGCGAUCAACAUCACGCUCAACUCGUUCGGGACCGAGCUUUCCAAGGCGGACCGCAAGAAGCUGUAUCCCAACUUUGGACGGCUGUAUCCCGAAGGCACCCUGAUGCUGUCGCGCGCCGAUGAUUUUGAGGGCGUGCGGUUGGCGGUGGAGGGCGUGGCAGACUACAAGGCCUUCUUCGAGGCUGCCGGGUUGGGCGGUGGGCCUGGCGGGCCUGGUAACAUGGCUGGCGGGACCGGCUCGGAUGGCAGGAGCCUGGAGGAUAUGUUUUACCAAAAGGAGAUGGAGAUUGCAAAGAGCGCCUUUACGCGGCAGUUUACCUAUGCGAUCGUGUAUGCGUGGGUCAAGCUGAGGGAACAGGAAAUCCGCAACAUAACGUGGAUUGCCGAGUGCAUAGCUCAGAACCAAAAGGAGCGGAUCAACAACUACAUCAGCGUGUUCUGAUGUUAUUUACGGCUUGUCUUGUUGCUUAGAGAGUUGUUUUCCUUUGGGAAUUUCGAGGCAUGAUGUUGGCGUCUGGCGAAGUUCAAGCGGUGACGUGGGCUUGCAAAGAUGUUGGAAUCUUCGCGUGCUCUCUUGUCUAAUCCGUCGGUAAUGUACAAUGGUAGAAGUUACACAUCUUCUCUGGGUUUCCACACAAACUCACAUCUACCUAUCAACC